UCUCGGGGAUAAAAUCAAAAAAAAAAAACAGCGUGUUAACACGAUAAUUUGUGAUGAGAUCAAAAACACAUUUUUUUAUCCCCGGAUGAAAAUGCUGAAUGUACAGUUUUUGACACUCUUUGAACGUGAUUUUAAAUAUAGGAGCCAUAAAAACAUUUUGUUCUAUAGUUUUCGUUCGUUCUCGUGAUGACCGACAAACAAAGGGAUGAAAAGACUCGGAUGGAGUUAAAAAAAAUAUAUGAAGAGAGUCCAACCUUACUACGACGACAUGUUGAAGGGAACGUACAGUGCUGGAGAUGUAUUUAGCCCUACAACGGCACCUCUUGAAGAUUAUAUAAAUGACACGAAUUAUGUGGAAUUUGAUGAUAUUCUGCCUUUUCCUCCUGAAUAUUCCUUAACGUUUGAGCCUGACAGUAUCGCACCAGGAUGUUUCAACACCGUACAUGACUUAGAAUGCAAUAAUGCUGCCAGAAUUGAAUUAAGUAAAUCCUCCAUUAUAAUAAAUAGAAAACCAAUGGAUGCAUCGUACCGAACUGAUCAAUACUUGGAAAGCUACAGGUUAAAGGUAAAUGCACGCCAAAAGAAAAGAGUUGCAAAAAUGAAUGAACUGUUCCGAAAUCUUGAGAAAAUGCUGCCGAUGAUCACACAUUCUUCCACUGGUAAGAAAAAACCAAACUCAAAACUCAACAUUUUACGACGCGCCUCUCAAUACAUAGACGAUUUAUCAAAUCUUUUAUCAGAAAACAAGAUUAAAUAAAUUAGUAAUUAAUAAUUUAUAACAAAUAAAAGUAUUUCCUUUUGUAAACUAAUUUAACAUUCCGAAUUUUGUGUCAAUAUCUCCAUGUCUACUAUUCACUUUAAUUUUGUCUUUUAUUAUUCUGCUGUGACUUAAAAUUAUCAUUUACAUGCAAU